UAAGCUACGGCUCUUCUCUCUCUCUCUCUCUCUGCGCAGAGCUCUCAUUCUUCAAUUCUCACGCAUUCACGUACUCCCUUCGCCUUUUCUACUCUCUCGCUCUUGGCUCCGCUCGAAACAUGGCGGUUUCCGGCGAACACCGACCUCUCUGUGGCUCUCUUCCUCACGAGCUCACCCCCAAGACUCCCUUCCCCAGCCUCAAGCUCUACCUCCUCAUCGGAAUCCUCAGCCUCUCUGCGCUUUCCAUCGCUCUCCUCAUAUACCUCUGCGUCCGCCUCAGCCGGACCUUGAAGACAUGUAAAACACUAGUGAAAGAGACGAAUUCGAGGGCAUCUUCCGGACCUUCCUACGAGGUAUUUCUAAGUUUUCGAGGACUAGACACCCGCCAUGGAUUCACCGAUUUUCUUUACCGUGGCAUGGUUGAGGCCGGGAUCCUCGUCUUUAGGGACAAUGAAUCUCUCCAUGUUGGUCAAAGAAUUGGCGAUGAACUUCUACAAGCAAUCGAGAACUCCAAGAUCUACAUUCCCAUAUUCUCCGAGAAUUAUGCUUCGAGUCACUGGUGCCUCCGAGAACUUGGAUACAUGGUUGAGUGCACCUCCAAAUCGAAUGAGACUAAAGAGAUUUUGCCCAUUUUCUUGGAUGUGGAGCCUGAUGAUGUCAAGCUCAAAACAAAAUUAUACAGCAAAGCUCUAUCAAAGCACGAGAAAAAGUUUUGCACUGAAGUCGAGUCAUGGAAAAAGGCUCUUAUUGAGGUGGACGAGAUAAAGGGAUGGAACUGGAAGAAAGAUGAAAGUAACAGAUCUCCUAGCCGUUCCACCAAGCCACCGCCAGCCACCACAGCAACUCGACGCCAAGUAGAUUUGACACAAUCUAUAAUUCAAUUUGUGUCGAAUAAGCUGAACGUCGGAUUUAAAAAAAAUGUGACUGAACAUCUAGUUGGAGUUGAUGAUCGUGUAGAAGCUAUAAUCAAAAUGUUGGAUGUGGAAUCUGAUAGCGUACAAUUCCUCGGAAUCCACGGAAUGGGCGGGAUUGGCAAAACAACACUUGCCAAGAUCAUCUUCAACCGACUGUCUUCUCACUUCCGAGACUGCAAUUUCCUUUCCGACAUCGGAGAGUCAUCACGACGUCAUGGUCUGGUACAUUUGCAAAAACGGUUACUAUCCAAGUUCCUCGAUUCUCAUUCUAACCUCGACCAAAUUCACGACAUGGAUGAUGGGAUCAACAUGAUUAAGAGAGUACUUUGCAAUAAAAAAGUUCUCAUUGUUCUUGACGACGUGGAUGAGAAAGAGCAACUCAAAAUAUUAGCAGAAAAGGACAAUUGGUUCGGUUCCGGUAGUAAGAUUAUCAUAACUACUAGGGACCAAAGUGUCCUAAUGAUUGAGGGAGAAGCAACAGAUGAAGGCCCUAUAAAAAAGUUUGCAAAUGUUUGGACUUACGAAGCACAUGCAAUGGAAUUUGAUCAUGCUCUUAAGCUUUUUAGUAGGCAUGCUUUUAGAAGAGACUCUCCACCAUACCAUUAUGUCUCCCUUUCAAAAGCAAUUGUCUCUACUUUGGGAAAGCUUCCAUUGGCUCUUGAGAUUACAGGUUCAUCCCUUAGUGGUAAAUCCGAAAAAAUAUGGGUAGACACAUUGAAGAAGCUAGAAGAAGCUCCUCCCAUGGGAGUCCAAAAAAAAUUGAUGGUAUCUUAUGAAAGGUUAGAUCAUGCACAAAAGCAAGUAUUUCUGGAUAUAGCUUGUUUUUUUGUUGGUCGGGACAAAACAUACCCACUGUACAUGUGGGAUGAAUGUGGAUAUCACCCACACGAUUCCCUUGAAGUCCUCUCUCUCAUGUCCUUGAUAAAAAUCAAAGACAACAAUACUUUCUGGAUGCAUGAUCAAGUGCGGGACCUCGGAAGGGAGAUUGUCCGUCAAGAGAAUUUCAACAAUCCCCGCAAGCGUAGCAGAGUGUGGAAUCAUGAGGAAGCCUUGAGCAUUCUGCAGCUGAAAGAGGGAAGUCGGAAAAUAGAAGCACUGUCUAUAGGAUAUCAUGGAAAUGAAGACGUUAUUCUAAAGCAUGAUGAAUUUGCUAAUCUACGGAACCUGAGGUUCUUUCAGGGGGAUAGGGUGUUAUUUGUUGGAGACUUCAAUAAUCUUCUCUUCAAUUUAAGAUGGAUUUCUUGGCAAAGUUGCCCUCCCAAGUUUGGGGCAACAAACUUUCAUCCGGCUAAUUUAGUCGUUCUUGACCUUUCAUGGAGCCAUAUUUCAGAGGAAUGGAUUGGCUGGGACCAAAUCAAAGAGGCCAGAAAACUAAAAGUAUUAAAACUCAGCUAUUGCAACUCCUUACAGAGAACACCUGAUUUAUCUACGUGGGUAUCUUUGGAGACAUUAGUUCUUGAAGGCUGUUCCAACUUAAUUGAAAUUAACCCAUCCAUUGGUAAGUUAAAGAUCCUAACUUCUUUGAACUUGGGGAGAUGUGAGUCUCUUCGAGAGUUGCCUAAAGAAAUAGGAUGUCUACAAGCUUUGACAGAGAUUGUCAUGCCUCAUGGGCUACGUGAACUUCCGGAGACGUUUGGUAAUUUGCAGUCACUGUUGACCCUCGAUGUAUCAAAUAGGCUGAUCAACAAAUUGCCAUACUCGAUUGGAGGGUUGGUGAAACUUACGCGGUUGGAUUUAUCUAGGUGUACAUACAUAGAAGAACUUCCAAAUUCGGUUGGGAAAUUACAAUCAUUAGUCGAGUUGGAUUUGUCAUCGACAAGUAUUGGUCUCCUACCCGAUUCAAUCGGCAAUCUAAAGCAACUGAAGGUACUAAGGAUGAGAAGCAUAAAAGAGAUAACAAAAUUGCCAAGUACGAUUGGGCUGGUGGAGAAGCUCGAAGAGUUGGAUGCUCACGGAUGUCGCAACUUGACCGGCGAAAUCCCUGAAGAAAUUGGGAGACUGUCCCGUUUGAGGAUCCUAGACUUGUUGGACACACGUAUAUCCGGAUUACCCGCCACGGUGAGUCACCUCUCUAAUCUCCAAAUACUUAAGCUAGAAAAAUGUCCCGAGCUGAAACAAUUGCCGGAGCUUCCCCCAAGUUUGACUCGGCUGAUAUGGAGCCCUUUUUAUUUCUGGUACCCUAGAAUUGGUGCCCUAUCUCAACAAGGAACACUUGUCACCGCUCUUCCCACUAGCAUCGGUACCCUAUCUCAGCUUAAAUCACUAUCAUUGUCCUGCAAAUACGUGCAAUUCCUCCCCCGGCUCCCGUCUAGUUUAAGAGAGUUACAACUUCGAGAUCUGGCGACCACACGAUCACCGGAUUUUUCCAAUUUGCAAAACUUAUCAAUCUUGAAAUUCUAUCAAUGUUCGCUAGAAUUCUCGAGUAUAUUUGAUGUGGAGUCGGAGGAACUCCGUGUGGAGCUCUGUAAGCUUAGAAAACUGGACUCACCGUCGCAGCCGGAAAUGAAAAGAUUGAGAUUAUUAAAGAUGGUUGGUUGUGAGUUCCUUCCAGAAGUACUUGAUCUGUCGCGCAUGAAGAAUCUAUGCGAGUUGAAGUAAUGGAGUCUUUACAUAUUCCCAAGGGUGUGAGACGGGUGUUGUUCAGAACCCUACAUACUGCCAGACGGCUUAUGUACGAAAAAGAGUUCGACACGAGCCGUGUGGGAUUCAGCAGAGAUGGAGCAAAAUGGUUGGUAGAGAACACAGAAAUUAAACUUGGGGAGUAGGAGUUAUCAAAAGUGCCAAGUGAGAAAGGCAUUGCACGCACGUUCUCCUCAGAAUUCAAAUUUACUUUGACGGGACACGUUUUGCAGAGAAUGUGGAACUUUAGCGAUCAUUUGAAUAUGUUUGGCUUGGUCUUACUAGUCAUUUCCUGAUUCACAUUACCCUUUUACUAUAACGAUACCCGAGGAUAGUGUUGCUCAAAGUCUUAUACUGGCUAACUUUUUCUGCACCAUCAACAGGUAGCUUCUUUACAUGUCCACUGUUGAAAUAGUGCGCCAACCUAAUUUUCUCUCUUCUUUAAUACUUCACUAACCUCAUCUUCUUGUUUUGUUCGGAAACCUUCGUACAAUCACAGGAGCACUUGGCACCCGCUGGUUACGUGAAGAUACAACCGUCAGACCUUGCUAACUGUCUAAAAGGCUGCAAGUUUCUCCCAAAAGUAAACAAUGAUCUUGCGGAUGACAGAAACUCAACCUACAAGGAAAGAUUUGCUAGCUUGCAGAACCUAGUCCUUAUUAUGACACUGUGUUGAUACCAAAGGAAACAUCCUAGUUCGUAUACUAUCUAGAUGGAACUUUUGAUACUGUUUUGCCUACCCAGGAGGUAAUUGCUGCAUUACCUUGAAAUGCAGUUAUCGGUGUCUUUAUCAGUGCCAUUGAAUCAUGGUAAUUUUUGGGUGAUACUGAUGGUCGUUGAAAAGCAGUGGUAAAGUAUUUAUGGUGGAUGAGGGUGGAAUCUCCUUGUGGUUCAAAAAGCAUGCAUUUUGAAAGGUUCCAUUCUUUUGAGAUUA